AUGCAGAGGCGUCACAGCAUCGUGCAGCAACUGGCCCGGCAGUACACGCACGCCUCUGGAGUCGAUAUCCAGGGACAGCCCGACUCGCUGUUUGGAAACGAUGACCCCGAGUCUCCCCUGAACCCCAUGAGCAGCAAGUUCAGUGCUCGCACCUGGGCAAAGACGCUCUCCAAAUAUGCCACUGAGCACGGGUCUGGAUUCCGCCGCACCGGUGUGGCGUUUCGAAACAUGAACGUCUAUGGUUUUGGAACUGAGACUGAUUUCCAGAAAGACGUUGGAAAUGUCUGGCUUUCGAUUCCCGAUCUUGCUCGGCAGACGUUCAGAAAGUCUGGCAGACGACGCAUCGAUAUCCUGCGCAACCUCGACGGCUACAUCAAGUCUGGCGAGAUGCUUGUGGUGCUUGGGCCUCCAGGCUCAGGAUGCUCGACCUUUCUGAAAUCGAUUGCCGGCGAGACGAGCGGCAUCUACAUUGACAGCGAGACCGAGUUCAACUACCAGGGCAUCAGUGCUGAGGAGAUGCACAACCACCAUCGCGGUGAGGCCAUCUACACGGCCGAGGUUGAUAUUCACUUCCCAAUGCUGUCGGUGGGCGACACUCUCAACUUCGCUGCCAUGGCACGAUCUCCUCGAACGCUGCCCCCUGGAGUCAACUCCAGCCAGUUUGCCACGCAUUGCCGAGACGUUGUUAUGGCCAUGUACGGCAUCAGCCACACCAUCAACACCCGCGUGGGCAAUGAAUAUGUUCGUGGUGUGUCUGGCGGCGAACGGAAGCGAGUCACCAUUGCCGAGGCCACGCUCUCCAACGCCCCUCUGCAAUGCUGGGAUAACUCCACUCGCGGUCUCGAUUCGGCCAACGCCAUUGAGUUUUGUAAGACGCUGCGCUUACAGUCCGACAUGUUUGGCCAGACAAGCGCUGUUUCAAUCUAUCAGGCACCUCAAAGUGCUUAUGAUGUUUUCGACAAGGUGCUCGUCUUGUACGAGGGGCGACAAAUCUACUUUGGCCCGACAGACAAGGCUAGGGACUAUUUCAUCAACCUCGGCUUCGAUUGUCCUGCUCGUCAAACAACGCCUGACUUCUUGACUUCGAUGACUGCGCCGAGUGAACGAAUUGUCCGAUCUGGCUGGGAAAGCCGCGCCCCUCGUACCCCUGAUGAGUUUGCCACCUGCUGGAAGAACAGCAACGACUACAAGUCUCUUCAAGCUGAGAUGGACAAAUUCAAUAAGGAGCAUCCCAUUGGAGGAGCCGACGCUGAGGCAUUCCGUCAGCACAAGAAGUCGACCCAGGCAAAGCACCAGCGUGUCAAGUCUCCCUAUACCCUCUCGUACGGACAGCAGAUUAGGCUCUGUCUCUGGCGAGGAUGGCGGCGGCUGAUGGGCGAUCCAAGCCUGACUAUUUUUUCCCUCCUUGCUAAUUCAAUCAUGGCCCUCAUUAUUUCGUCGCUCUUUUACAAUCUCCCGCAAACAACAGGAAGCUUCUACUCGCGAGCUGCGGUUCUCUAUGUUGCCAUCUUGUCCAACGCCUUCUCCAGUGCUCUCGAAAUCCUGACUCAGUAUGCCCAGCGGCCCAUUGUCGAAAAGCAUCAGCGGUAUGGAUUCCAUGUGCCUUCGGCCGAGGCCUUUUCGUCUGUGCUCUGUGAUAUGCCGUACAAGAUUGGUAAUGCAAUUUUCUACAACUUGGUUAUAUACUUUAUGACGCAUCUCAACCGUACGCCAGGGGCUUUCUUCUAUUUCCUCUUCGUGACGUUUCUCAUGGUGCUAGCCAUGUCUGGAAUUUUCCGAUCUAUUGCUUCUCUAUCUCGAACCCUCUCGCAAGCCAUGGUGCCAGCUUCACUGCUCAUUCUCGCCAUGGUAAUCUUCACUGGAUUCGUCAUCCCCGUCGAUUACAUGCUUGGAUGGUGUCGCUGGAUUAAUUAUCUCGACCCUGUUGCGUACGGAUUCGAGGCACUCAUGAUUAACGAGUUCAGCGGCCGCCAAUAUGAAUGCAACUCGUUCGUUCCAAGCGCUCUCAUCCCAGGCUAUCAAAAUGCUACAGGAGUAAAUAGAGCUUGUACAGCUGUUGGAUCUGUCCAAGGCCAGAGCUUUGUCAGCGGCGAUGCCUACAUCAAUUCGCAGUACAAGUACUACCAUGCACACAAGUGGCGCAACGUCGGAAUUCUGAUUGCUUUUGUUCUCUUCAACCACUUUGUGUACUUUGUUGCAACCGACAUUAUUCAAGCCAAAAAGUCAAAGGGCGAGGUUCUCGUCUUCCGACGCGGACACAUUGUUGCUUCAGGCUCCAAGAAGGCCGACGCAGAAGCUUCCUUAUCCGGACCCGUUCCUGUUGUGGAAAAGGGCACAGAUAUCUCGGCUGAAGAGACUGCAAAUAUUCAGGGUUCCACAAGUGUAUUCCACUGGGGCAAAGUAUGCUAUGAUAUCAAGAUCAAGGGCGAACCGAGACGAAUUUUGGAUCACGUUGACGGCUGGGUCAAGCCGGGUACGCUGACAGCUCUUAUGGGAGUAUCUGGUGCUGGUAAAACGACACUUCUCGACUGUUUGGCUGACCGUGUCUCUAUGGGAGUAAUCACGGGUGAAAUGCUUGUCGACGGCAAAAUUCGCGAUACUUCAUUCCAGCGCAGGACGGGCUACGUUCAACAGCAGGAUCUUCAUCUGGAGACAACGACAGUUCGUGAAGCUUUAGAAUUCAGUGCACUCCUACGACAACCGGCCAGUACACCGAGAGCAGAGAAGCUUGCAUAUGUGGAUGAAGUUAUCAAAUUGCUAGAUAUGCAGGAAUAUGCUGAUGCGGUUGUCGGUGUGCUUGGCGAGGGACUCAACGUUGAACAGCGUAAGAGACUUACCAUUGGCGUGGAGUUGGCAGCCAAACCACCGCUUUUGCUUUUCGUUGAUGAGCCAACCUCUGGUCUUGAUUCUCAGACGUCCUGGGCUAUUCUCGACUUGCUGGAGAAGCUUUCCAAAGCCGGUCAAUCUAUCCUCUGCACUAUCCAUCAACCAUCUGCAAUGCUGUUCCAGCGCUUCGAUCGUCUUCUCUUUCUCGCAAAGGGUGGCAGAACUGUGUAUUUUGGCGACAUUGGCGAAAACUCCUCUGUCAUGACUUCUUAUUUUGAGAAACACGGCGCUCCCAAGUGUUCCCCGGGUGAGAAUCCUGCAGAGUGGAUGCUCCAGGCUAUCGGAGCUGCUCCUGGAUCUUCGACAGAAAUCGACUGGCACCAAACUUGGCUUGAUAGCUCCGAGUAUCAAGCUGUUCAAACUGAACUCCAGCGCUUAAAGGACGAAGGACAUGACAAUGUGACUGAGAUUCGAGAUAAAGCUUCCUACGCUGAGUUUGCCGCGCCAUUCUGGGCCCAGUUUCUCGUCGUCACUCAGCGCGUAUUCCAGCAGAUUUGGAGGACACCAUCUUACAUCUACGCCAAAUUCUCUCUCUGCGUUUCGGUUUCUCUCUUUAUUGGACUAGUCUUCCUUAAUGCUCCGCUGACUAUUCAAGGUUUGCAAAACCAAAUGUUUGCCUUUUUCAACAUUUUGACUAUUUUCGGUCAGCUCGUACAGCAACAGAUGCCGCAUUUUGUUGUCCAGAGAUCGUUGUACGAAGUGCGCGAGAGGCCCUCCAAGACGUACAGCUGGAAAGUCUUUAUGCUGUCGCAGAUUGCCGUCGAGAUUCCAUGGAACUCGCUCAUGUCUCUUUUCAUGUUCCUCUGCGUCUACUAUCCCGUGGGUUUCAACAAGAAUGCCGAGCCGGCUGGACAAGUCGCUGAGCGGGGCGGCCUCAUGUGGCUUCUCUUCUGGCAGUUCCUCGUCUUCACAUGCACUUUUGCUCAUGCCUGUAUCGCCAUUACGGACACUGCCGAAGCGGGUGGCAACUUGGCCAACGUUUUGUUCAUGAUGUGUCUCAUUUUCUGCGGUGUCAUUGCUUCUCCAUCCAGCAUGCCGGGAUUCUGGGUAUUCAUGUAUCGUGUUUCGCCAUUCACGUACUGGGUAUCGGCUGUAUUGUCCACCGGUCUCGCCAACACAAACGUCACCUGUUCGAGCAACGAGCUUGUGCAUCUCGAGCCUCCGAGCGGCCAAACUUGUGGGGAGUACCUUUCGAAAUUCAUUGAUGCUGCUGGGGGAUAUUUACAAGAUACGAAUGCCACCAAAGACUGCAGCUACUGCCCUAUCGCUGACACGAACGUGUUUUUGACCAGCGUCAGCUCUAGUUAUGAUCAUCGAUGGCGCGACUUUGGCAUUGGAAUGUCGUUUAUCGUCUUCAAUAUCGCGGCGUCGCUUUUCUUGUACUGGCUGAUUCGUAUGCCCAAGAAAUGGGGAAAGAAGAAGGAGUAGUUGGAUGAGUCGAUAACUGUUGAUGUGCGUGUAUGAUGUUGAUGUGGUUUCAACGAUUCAUUUGGUUACAUCUGGACAAGACUCCUUACUAUUUCUAAGGCAUUUUUUUAUAAGAUAUUCUGGGUAAUCCUUAGAAUUCACACUUACACAUCCUUUCGGAUGGCAUUUCUUUCACUUCUUUAUAGACCAAUUUUCUUAUAGAG